AUGGAGCGCGGCGGGGCGCGGGGCUUCCUGCCGCCCUUCGCGCACUUCGCCACGCAGGCCAUCCACGCCGGGCAGGAGCCCGAGCAGUGGCGCUCGGCCGCCGUGGUGCCGCCCAUCUCCCUCUCCACCACCUUCAAGCAGCGGGGCCCCGGGCAGCACGCGGGUUAUGAAUACAGCCGGAGUGGAAACCCUACCCGGAAUUGCCUGGAGAAGGCUGUGGCAGCGCUAGAUGGAGCUAAAUACUGUUUAGCUUAUGCUUCUGGCUUAGCUGCUACUUUGAAUAUUACUCACCUGUUAAAGGCAGGGGAUACGAUUAUCUGCAUGGAUGAUGUCUAUGGAGGCACAAAUAGAUACUUCAGGAAAGUAGCCAUGAAAAUGGGUUUGAACGUAGUUUUUGUUGACUGCGUGAAAACAGAAUGCCUGGAAGCUGCAAUUACACCAGAGACCAAGCUUGUUUGGAUUGAAACGCCCACAAACCCCACACUGAAGGUCAUUGACAUUCAAGCCUGUGCAGAUAUAGUACAUAAGCAUAAAGAUGUUCUUCUAGUGGUAGACAACACUUUUAUGUCUGCGUAUUUCCAGCGUCCUUUAUCUCUGGGGGCUGAUAUUUGUAUGUAUUCUGCAACCAAAUACAUGAACGGGCAUAGUGAUGUUGUAAUGGGACUUGUUUCAGUAAACUGUGAUGAUCUCUACGAAAGGCUCAAAUUCUUACAAAACUCUCUUGGAGCUGUUCCAUCUCCCUUUGACUGUUACCUGUGCAAUCGUGGUUUGAAGACACUACAAAUCCGGAUGAAACAACAUUUCCGCAACGCAUUAGCUGUUGCUCGAUUUCUUGAGUCAGAUUCCCGGGUGGAGAAAGUCAUUUUCCCAGGCUUGCCUUCACACCCUCAGCAUGAGUUGAUCAAGCGGCAGUGUACUGGCUGUCCUGGGAUGGUAACCUUUUAUAUUAAAGGAAAUCUGGAACAUGCUGCUACCUUUCUCAAGAAUUUAAAGGUUUUUGCACUGGCUGAGAGUCUGGGAGGAUAUGAAAGCCUAGCAGAGCAUCCGGCCAUCAUGACUCACUCUUCGGUGCCUAAAGAAGAUAGAGAAGCUCUUGGAAUCAGUGAUACAUUAGUUCGCCUGUCCGUUGGUUUGGAAGAUGAAGAAGAUUUACUGGAAGACCUAGACCAAGCUCUGAAAGCUGCGUUUGCAGACCAUAAGGCUUGACGUUUAAAACCGGAACUUGGAACUGAACGUUGAAAUGGCUAAAGAAGAUGAUGCAGAAAGCUAAAUUGCUGAUGAUUUUCCUUUGAUUUGCCUUUGAGAAUUUAAAUCUGUUCAAUCCAAUGCUGGAUUCCUGGGGAGUUCUCGGUUUGUGCUGUUACGUUUAUUCUGCUGAUGUCUGGCUGUACUUGGACUGUGCACUGUGGCACACAGCCUGCGCUCUCCUGUGCCUCUGUUUCUGUUGCAUUGCAAUCCUUUGCCUUUGGAUUUAUGGAGUCAAUAAGUUGGGUUUGAGAGCAGCCAUGAUGCACACUCAGGAAUAUUAUCCCGGUUCUCUCAGUGGAGAUUAGUGUUUCUUAUUUGUCAUGCUAGUGCUGCAGGGGUGUUAGGUGAAAAGGGUUGGUUUCUGUUACUGCUCCUCAGGAUGCACAAUUAAUUUUUCUCAUGUCUUCUAAUCCAACAGUCCAACUUAAAAACUUAGAAUUUUUUUUUUUUUAAUUAGGUUGGAAAUAUGUUAAAUGCUUUUCACUUGUUGAUAUUUUAUGGAGUAUUGAAAACGAAGUUAAGUCCAAUACCUGGUAAACAAUAGUAACUUUCUAAAGAGGAUUCCUUCCCUUUUUAAAAAAAAAUCAUGUAAUGUUAAUUGUGGUAAUAAAUUGGUUUAUAGUUGGAAUGGGAAUAAUUUUAAUUAAAAUAUGCUUUGAAUUUC